AUGUUCGCCAACCAUCUUGUGACCAUCGCCCCGCAUGCUGCCGUCAUGGUCAGCCCUAUCGACCGCGAUAGCAAGACAGGGAGCUUCUUGACAACAAGUAUCCAUUCGUCUCAAGACGCAAAGAAGCGUCGUGCCAAGAGUGUAGACGUCAGCAACAACGGCAGCAAGAAAGAACUGGCUGAAAUCCGCGGCAAUCGUCAUGAACGAACUGCACGAAAAUCAUCGAGUUGA